GGCCCUUCUUGAUUAUGGACUCCACACUCCCAAACAUCCCAUUAUGUCAACAAAUGGGGGAGUUGAAGGGUGAAAAACAUGUUUCAGAGCGAAUUGUGGUGUCUGUGUCCCUCCUAGUGUGAACUCCCUUUGAGCUUUCCUUUCUUUGUCUUUUUCAUCCUGUGAUACUGAGGAGUGAAGCAGAUUCUGGAAAGAUAAUCAGAUAAGUAGGCGGAUGAUAUAAGUUGGAGAUUUUAUUAUAGUUUUGACACGUUUCAUGACAAGCAGUAAUCAUCCUCAGUGUUCAGUUGUCACUUGAGAAAAUGUAAAUGCUACAUCUGCUCACGGCCUGUCUUUUCUUCCAGACAAAAGAACAUAUGUUCCUAACAAGGGCGUGUGCUUUGUUCAUCAUCGUCGGUCCUACUAGAGAAGCCUGAGCCUUGGGACAGGUGGGGAUUGGCUGAAUGUGUAUGGGCUCUCCUGUCCCCUGUAGCCCAGGCAAGCUUCCCAGGACUAUUCUGGCCCAUCGGGCGUUAGGGAUCAUCUUAGUCCCCAUCUUAGUCUCAUUGAUGAGAAAACAAAGGUCCACAGGGAAAGUGUGGCUUCAUCAAAAACCCAUUGACAGCAAAUGUCAGAGUCAGGCUGGGACCACACCUCUAGAUUCCUCCUCCAGUGCUCUCUGAACUCCAAGACCCUCUGGAGUCUCCUCUCCAGCUGCAAGCAGGUCCCUAGGCUCCUGAUGGAGGCGGCCUGAGUCCGCCAGUCUCUGGGAGUGCUGAGAAUAGCCAUGAUCUAUUGAGAAAAGGAUGUGGCCCAGGAGCUCAACAGACAGAUGUUCAGCACCACAGACAGCUCCGCUGGCCUAAUUUACUUGAGAGGCUGGUUGCCCCUCGAGGCAGAGUGUCAUGGGAGAGAGAAAAGUACUGGAAUGAUCUUAGAGACCACCUAGUCCAGCUCCUUGCUUUGUAUGGGAGGAAACCCAGGAACAGAUAGAAUGACUUGUCCAAGGUCACACGGCAGGUCAAUACAGAGCCAGAGAGGAGGGCCAGUAGCCCUCUUCCUCACACCUCUUCAGGGCCCUCAGAUACCUGAUUCCCAUGACUUAUUAAUGGCACAGCCAGAGCUUGAAUCAAAGUCUUCAAAAUUUAAAUCCCUUGCCUUUGGGGAUGGCAAGAAAAGAAAAGAAAAAAAGAAGUAAAAAGAAACUGAAAGAGCACCCGGCCCUGAUGGGAAGGUCUGUGAUUUGGCCUCUAACUUCAAGUGUUUUUGUUUUUUUUUUUUUUUGCGGUACGCAGGCCUCUCACUGUUGUGGCCUCUCCCAUUGCGGAGCACAGGCUCCGGACGCACAGGCUCAGCGGCCAUGGCUCACGGGCCUAGCCGCUCCGUGGCACGUGGGAUCUUCCCGGACCGGGGCACGAACUCGUGUCCCCUGCAUCGGCAGGCGGACUGUCAACCACUGUGCCACCAGGGAAGACCUAGCUUCAAGUCUUUGACAGGAGCUUCCUACUUCCCCAAGGUGAUGUGGCAUUUUAGAAACAGUUUUGUUUCCAUGGCAACCUCAUUCCAGGUUUCAUCUCCAUGGCAAUUCAUUGGAGUUUUUCACCCUUUUGGUAAGUACACAUGUGACUGCCGAUACAUACAUUGCAGAAAAGUUAAUAUAAAGCCACAUUUUUAGAAGUGGAGCAUCUCAUUAUCUAAGUCUGCAGUCCGGAGCAUAACAAGGCAGGUUCCAGGGGAGACAGGGCCCAUGGCAUCAAGGAACCAGAGCAGUCUUUGGGGCAGGUAUGCCCUCUGACUGCCAUUGUAAACCUCUUCUAAUCUUUACGGAUCAGUGUAUCUUAAGGUCACCAUGGCCAUAAAUAAUUUCUCCUUUUCUGUGUCAUCCCUCGUGCCCUGCUCAUGACAAAGCCUCAGAGUUGCCUCUGAUGGAAAGAAGUGCUGGGACAAGGAGAGAGGAAGCUGAUUCUUCUGACUACAACCUCUGCAGUACCCCGGGAGUGACUCCACCUGCUUCCCUUGCCCAUGCACCCCAGUUUGGCGUACGCUGAAACAGUUCCCACCUUUUGUGGCAGACCUUGCUUUCCUGAUCUGUGAGCUAUUCCCCAGAAGACUCUCUCUCCUGGGAGACCCUAGGACCCGCAGGCCUUCCUCUGCUCACCCUCCACUGCGUCUCCUCCCCUCUGAGGAUGACGACCCUGCUACUCAUCUCCUUGGGCAGCUGUCUCGUUGCCGUGAAUCAAGCCAGCCUCAUCAACCGAUGUGACUUGGCCAAUGUGCUGCACCAGGAGGACUUGGAUGGCUUUGAGGGCUACUCCCUGAGCGACUGGCUGUGCCUGGCUUUCGUGGAAAGUCACUUCAACAUAACAAAGGUAAAUGAAAAUACAGAUGGCAGCUUUGACUAUGGCAUCUUCCAGAUCAACAGCCACUACUGGUGCAAUGAUGACAAGAGUCACACGGAAAACAUUUGCCAAGUGGACUGUCAAGGUCUGGCCAGGGCCCCAGGGCGGGAGAGAAUUGCUGAGCCUCAAUCUUCUUUCAAACAUCAACUGUGUGAAAAAAAUUGUGUCCGGAACAGGGGGGAUGAAGAACUGGGUAAAAUGGAGGUUGCACUGUGCAGACCGGCCACUCUCCUACUGGAUGACAGGAUGCCACCUGGCAUGAGACAGGGAGCAGGCCUGUGGUGGAGUCAUUCCAGAACUCCUCUCCUCACUUGGGAAUUCUUCAUUUCUUCUUCCUCUUGCCUCCACCUCAUGUUAUUUUCUUCCUUUCCCAUUUACAAAUAAAACUGACCAGAGCCCCAGGAAUAAAUAGUUUUCUAGGGCUUCCUCCUUGUUCCUAUCCAGGCCCAGGCCCCUGGUUCCUGACUGUCAUUUGCAAACCAAGAAGACCACGAUGAAGAAUUUUCUAUAUUUUUGGAAUUAUUAAAGCAUUC